AUGUGCACCGGGCCGCGCCCCGCAGCGCGGAGCAGCUCGGCGGCACGGUACGGCAGGUUGUUCGGGGCUUCUCUCCGAGCCUCCCCACCCUGUAGAAAUACCGCUGCCGGGACAUCUACCAGCUCCAGACCUACUGCGGCCCCGAGUUGGGGGCUGGGGGCGCAGGAGGAGGGGCACACGGGGCUCGGGCCCAGCGCGGAGGGCGGGUCCGAGGCGGGGGGCCCAGAUCGGGAGCCGUGCGCCGGGGCCCAGGCAGCUGCGGAGCGGAUCGCAGCCGGCGGCGGCACCGCCACAGCCCGACCGGCCAUGAACUCGGGACCCGAGCCCCGGACACCCCGGACACUCUUCAGCAUCGCAGACAUCCUAGGCCCGAGCAUGGUUCCCCGAGGACCUUCUACGUCUCCGCUUCCAGAGUCGAGCCCUGGUCCCACAUCGCCUCUGUGCGCGCUGGAGGAGCUGACCAGUAAAACUUUCCGCGGACUUGACGGGCACGCUCCGGAGUCCUCUGAAGGCCGCGCCGCCCCGGGUGCGCUGGGCCUUGGCCCCGCCGGCCGCAGACGCCGAAAGUCACGUACGGCGUUCACGGCGCAGCAGGUGCUGGAGCUGGAGCGACGCUUCGUCUUCCAGAAGUACCUGGCGCCUUCGGAGCGCGACGGGCUGGCGGCGAGGCUCGGUUUGGCCAACGCACAGGUUGUCACGUGGUUCCAGAACCGGCGCGCCAAGCUCAAGCGCGACGUGGAGGAGAUGCGCGCCGACGUGGCCUCGCUGAGUGCUCUGGCCCCCGAAGUCCAGUGCCGCCUCGAGCUGCCGGAUGGCGCCCCAGGCCCCGGCCCCGGCCCCGGCCCGCCUGACGCCGGGCCCCACCUGUCAGAAGAGGAGAUUCAGGUGGACGACUGAAGGCAAAGCCGCCGCCAGCCCCGGGCUCUGGGUCCCCGGACUCCUCACCUCCGUGCGCCGCGCCCUGUCUGGGUUCCGGGGUGGAGGGAGGGUGUGGAUCCGGCCUCCUCCGGCUCACAGUCCAGACGCUCGCUUUUCCCAAUUGUUGAGAAUAAAAUUGAGAUGCGCAUGAGUCGCAUGAGGCCUCCAUCCCAGAGCGGUAAGAGCAAAAUCUGCCGAUUAUGGUGCAGAUUGCGCGUUUGGCUGAGCGCUUUAAACGCGGUGUCUCCUUUAACCCUCAAAGCAACUCCUUAAGGUAGGUGAUAUAAUUAUGCCCAUUUCACAAAGGCAGAACCACUAGGUCAGGAUUUGGACCUAGGCAUCCUGCCAGACUUCAAAGCCAGUGCUUGUCAGCCCGAACAGUGCUCUGGAAACUUCGAGCUGAGGGGUAGGAGAUGGGACUCUGGUAGCUGUGGGCCACCCACCCCUACUGACUGCCUUUGGUUGCAGGACUCCACCAGGCCUUUGAUCCCCACCCCACCCCACCCCCAGACCUUGCUCCUAACCUCUAGGUGGCCCCAGAGUGACAAUGACCUGCCUGAUUCUACCCUUUCCCCACCCUGAGGUUACUUGUCAAUGGGGUCCUGACCCUUCUCCUACCUCCCCUGAAAGAACCCUAUACUGAGAUGGCUAAGUGAAGCCCCGAGGGAGAAGCGGCACAGCCCUACUUCCGGGACCUCUGCCCUGCAUUUGGGCAGGAAAUGUCCCCACCAGGAUGGUGGCCUUGGCAGGAGGAUGGGGAGGCCGGCUGAGGCGGAGCUUGGAGUAGCAGCUUGGGGCAUUGCGGGUGGAGUCAACAGCCUACCCCCACCGGUGGACAUUUCUGAGACUAAUAUAUUCUACCGGUAAUUAAUCACCUCUGGCAGUGUGAUGGGGAGGGAAGAGGCCUACCACUAUGCAGGGCCAUCCCUGCUGAUCUUCAGAAGACCAUGCUUAGGCUCUUUCCUGGUUGCCCUCUCUCUGUGUCAGUACUUCCUCCCCCCGUCAGACCUUUCCAUGCUUCUGCCCAGAUGCCACAGUCUCAUUCUCAAGAAUGCUUUGAGAGUGACCCUUCCAGGAUUCAAGGGGAGUCAGCUAGGGCCUCAGUUGCAGGUGGAGGUCCCAGGAGAGGCUCUUCCACGGAGAGUGAAUAAGGCUGGGAGGCAGAAGGGAACCUUGUGCUCUUAGACAAUAGCUACCCCUUAUUGAGCACAAUUCAAGUGAUUUGCAUGGAUUAAUCUUCACAGUAAUCCCAGGAGAUAAUGAGAUUUUAAUUUCAUUUUAAGUGUAAAGAGACUGAAUCACAGCCCAAGAAGUGUUGGUCAUGUCCUGAAGCUUGUAAGUGGUGGGGCUGGCACUAACCUGCUUCUUGUCUGACUCAGGGGCUCAUGCUUUCGGCCACUACAGGUUCUGUCCCUGUAACUGUGACUGGGCCUAACUGAAAGAAGAAAACGGUUUACGAAGAAAGCAGAGGAGAAAGGGCCAAAGGUAGGAAUUUAGGCGUUGUACUGUAGAUAGAGCAUGGUCCAUGGAGGUUUUAGAGAGGAGAGGCAUGACAGCAGUGUUCGAGCAGGCUCAUCUGGCUGCAAGUGUAGGGUAGACUGGGAACUGGCGGGGGCCUGAGGUAGGAGUGUUAUCUCUGGUCACUGCAGAAGGUAAGAGCCGAGGGAAUUCAGGGCCAGACUUGGGGGGUGGGGGAGGCUGUAACGAAAGGAAUCUGUGUGAUUAUCCCAGCGACCAAAGAUUGCUUCCAUCAGUGACAACCUCACAAACCUGGGCAACUGGAAGAAAAAUGGCAUCAUGGGAAGAAAUAAUGACUACUGUUGUAGAGCUAAGAAUUUGUCAGCCAUUGUGUACAAAAAGUAUUCUUUGCACCUGUGUUGCCCUUUCAAUACACAUAGACAACACACACACACACCCUGAUUCUGGCUCAGGGCCCCUCCUUAUUCCUUUCAUCCCCUUCCUAAGGCUGCCUCUCUGGAACCUUUAGAGUGACUGACUCAUUCUAGGACUUUCCCACCUUCCCACCUUCAGCACAAAAAGUCUCACACUCCAGGAAAUCCCAGUCCCAGGUUGGUCACCGUGCUUUCCAACCCUAGGGACUCAGAACUCUGGCUGCUGGGUUGGAACCCAACCAGUUAGCAGUGUGAGUGUGGGGCAAAAUGGGGACAAGGUGUCAGGAGUCCUGUGGCUCUCAGAGAUAGUCCAGGACUCAGAGAAGUCCAGGAUAAGUCAAGGGAUACUGGGGAGGGGACAUUUCUUUGAGAGGCUUGAAAAGCAAGGAGCCGGCUCAGCUUCAAAGCAAAGAUACCACACAGUGGUGGCGGGUGCCCAUUCUUUGAGGAACCCUAGAGAAGUACCUCCCUGCUGCCUAGAACAAGAAGACCACAUGAACAGGACUCUUAUGGAAUCAUCAUCAUAUAAUCACCCCUCAAACAAACACAAUCACCUCUCCCCAACUAGGCAUGAGCAAAGAACUUCCAGAGCAAAUAAUUCUUGUUAAGAAGGUACGAUUUAGUCAAGUUAAUUGGCUCUGAGCCAUAAUCUCCCUCCACUUGAGGCCUCCCAAAUUCCUGUCCGGUGCU